CCCGAUCUGGUGUUUGACUGGGGCGGUACAUCUGUCACAGAAUAACGCAGGUGUCCUAAGGCCAGCUCAGCGAGGACAGAAACCUCGCGUAAAACAAAAGGGCAAAAGCUGGCUUGAUCUCGAUGUUCAGUACGCAUAGAGACUGCGAAAGCACGGCCUAUCGAUCCUUUUGGCUUGAAGAGUUUUCAGCAAGAGGUGUCAGAAAAGUUACCACAGGGAUAACUGACUUAUGGCGGUCAAGCGUACAUAGCGACGUCGCUUUUUGAUCCUUCGAUGUCGGCUCAUCCUAUCAUUGCGAAGCAGAAUUCGCCAAGCGUCGGAUUGUUCACCCGACAACAGGGAACGUGAGCUGGGCUUAGACCGUCGUGAGAUAGGUUAGUUUUACCCUACUGAUGACUAGUCAUUGCGAGAGUAAUCCUGCUCAGUACGAGAGGAACCGCAGGUUCGGACAUUUGGUUCACGCACUCGGUGGAGCGGCCGGUGGUGCCAAGCUACCAUCCGUGGGAUUAUGCCUGAACGCCUCUAAGACCGUAUCCUUUCUAGUCAAAGGUUGCAAUGAUAUCUCUAGAAGUCUCGUGAGUCGAAAGGCUCAAAACAAUGUGACACUACUAGGCGGCCGGUUGCCCUUCGCGGGGCGGACCGAUUGUCGCACGAGCCCGGAUUACCGUACGGCGCCAUCGUCCGUCGUCGAGAUCUCACCGCCUACGACGGCGCGGCGUCUAACGGUCAAACAUGAGUUUCGCGAGUUCGAUGUCGGAAUUGUCUGAAGACGACUUAGGUACCUGGCGGG